AUGGCCGACAUCACCCCUCCAAGCAGGUACGUCGCGUCGCGUCAUCUACGCGCUGCCUCUGCUAUCGAGUCCUUCAAGAUGGAGUCCCCUGUCAAGAAGCUCGACUUCAACGUCGCUGAUAAGGAGAACAACCCCGACGUCGCUGCCGUCGAGCAGAUCAAGCCCGUCGUCGCCGAGGUCAAGAAGGUUCAGGAGUCCGCUGCCACUUCCGGCCUCAGGCCCGAGGAGGCCGACGAGCCCCUCCUCCAGGAGAACCCUCAGCGAUUCGUCCUUUUCCCCAUCAAGUACCACGAGAUCUGGCAAAUGUACAAGAAGGCCGAGGCCUCUUUCUGGACCGCCGAGGAGAUUGAUCUCUCCAAGGAUCUCCACGACUGGAACAACAAGCUCAACGAUGACGAGCAGUACUUCAUCUCCCACAUUCUCGCCUUCUUUGCCGCCUCCGACGGCAUUGUAAACGAGAACCUCGUUGAGCGUUUCAGCGCCGAGGUCCAGAUCCCCGAGGCCCGCUGCUUCUACGGCUUCCAGAUCAUGGUGGAGAACAUCCACUCCGAGACCUACUCGCUCCUCAUCGACACCUACGUCAGGGAGCCCGCCCAGAGGACCCACCUCUUCAAUGCCAUUGAUACCAUUCCCUGCAUCCGCAAGAAGGCCGACUGGGCUCUCCGCUGGAUCUCGGAUCGCGAUGCUUCCUUUGGCCAGCGUCUCAUUGCCUUUGCUGCCGUCGAGGGCAUCUUCUUCAGCGGUGCUUUUGCCUCCAUCUUUUGGCUCAAGAAGCGUGGUCUCAUGCCCGGCCUCACCUUCUCCAACGAGCUUAUCUCUCGUGACGAGGGUCUUCACACCGACUUUGCCUGCCUUCUCUUGUCUCAUCUCAAGCACCGCCCCAGCAAGGAGCUCGUCGAGCACAUCAUUACUGAUGCCGUCACCAUUGAGAAGGAGUUCCUCACCGAGGCCCUUCCUUGUGCCCUCCUUGGCAUGAACUCGGCGUUGAUGAAGCAGUACAUUGAGUUCGUCGCCGACAGGCUCUUGGUUGCUCUCGGUAACGAGAAGGUCUACAAGUCGACCAACCCCUUUGACUUCAUGGAGAACAUCUCCCUCGGUGGCAAGACCAACUUCUUCGAGAAGCGUGUCGGUGACUACCAGAAGGCCGGUGUCAUGGCCAGCACCAAGAAGAACGACCCAGAUGCGGCUCAGAGCGGCGCCGACGACGCCUUUGCCUUUGAUGAGGACUUUUAA